GCGCGGGGGGCAGGGGCACGGGCAUGAGGUCGCGCUGGGACGCCGCUCCCGGCGCCGCUCCCGAUGCGCCGCGUCUGCGGAGCUCCCGGAGUCGGGGAGACGGGUAUUUCGGCCAGGGGUGGCUACCGGUGCCUGCGGACGGAGUGUCCGGUAGCGGGAGCGAGAACUGCUGCCGCCUGGAGUGGGAAGCUUGUGAGCGGGCGUAGGGGACAGCCAGGGAUUCUUUCCGGCUUCCCUCCGCCCUCUCCCCUAGCCCCCUCCCCCAGCCUCAUUAACCCGGAGCGUCCCCGGGCGAGUUCCCUCCUGCCCCGGCUUCCCCCGCCUACAGCCCGACGCCACGCCGGGGAAGGGAAGGGGCCGGGCGCUCCUGCUCCGCGCCCCAUCCCUGGCCCCGGGGCCCCACGCCCACCCUCCGGCCUCUCCGGCCCUUGGAGUGACCUUCGCUUUCCCCAGGCCGGCGGAGCUCUGUCCCGCCCCGUCGGACCCCAUGGCAGGCGUUUGUCCCCGCCGGCUCGGGUUAGCCCUCCCUCUUUGGGGUGCUCCGCCCCGCCCCGCUCGUGUCCUGGGACCCAGAUGUCCGGAGCAGCUGCCGACCUGAGCCACUAG